AACAACUUCUUUCACAUAAGUUUUUGCUUUGAAUAACCUCUCAAUAACCUAAAUACUUUAUGCUGCAAGAGCAUGAUAACCAGUUUGAAGACAUAGAUUUUGAUACUCCGCGACGGCGCUCUUUGCAACUUAACGAUAAUGAAUAUGGUAGAUUAGUUGAUAACCAAACUGACGAUGAAGACUACGAUGAACAGGCAUUAUCAACUCUUAAAGCAAUUGCCAGAGCAAGAAGGUCUCAUGCGAAUGAAUUGGAGCAAAGAAAUGAGAUGCUCCAAUAUAUCGCUAGUAAAGAGAGACUUGUCGAAGACCUUCGUGAGCAACUGAGGGCGCAUGAAAUGGAGCUUUGGCUUUUAAAAGAGAAUUGGACACAUAUAGUGACACAAUCAUCAAGUUCAUCAAGUCCCAGUCCAUAUUUACAUAAGAACAACGAGGAAUCUGACAAGAUCCGCCAUUUUAGCCAGGAAAUUGCCAACCACGAGAAGAAUGUCGCACCAGAGAACAUACCCCGCACAGCCUACGAUGGUCUGAUAUCGGUUUACCAGAAUCUUAGAGAUACCCUUGAAAAUGUGGCUCCAACAGAAAGGUGUUGAUCUUCUUAGUCUUCAAUCGCAAACCAAGCAAACUUUGACCAACUUGAGAUCAGCCAUAAAAAACACCUAUGAAGUGUUAUCUGCUCCUAUUAUAGAAGAAGAAGAGGUGGAUUAUUUCUCAGCAAUGCCCAAUGAUUCUGUUUUCGGACGGUCACCACUCUUUGUGACCAGCCCAUGGUCACAAGGAAACACCAUAUCUGUCGUACAUCCCAGACUGAAAAAGCCUGAACCAAUUCGGUCCAUGACCAGAUAGUGAACCGAUGUUAGUUGGAACUCCGUUGGAAGCGCUUUGUAAUAAGAAUAAUAAAACGUCUUAUAAAAAGCAA